UACAUGGUUUCAAAGGCAAGUUUAUAAAUUCAAGAAAACCUGAAAAAUAGCAUCAUGUUUGCAUAUCUUUGCUAAGGAGUUUCAAGUAUAGCUUGAUAUGAUUUUUGAUCGCUGCACCAUUUAGUUUAGUUUGUUGGAUCUUUAGCAUCUUGUUGUAGGCUGAUCUUUAUAACUUCGUAUAUUUUCAUUUGCUUAAACUUGUAGGAGGACUAUGAGGCAAACAAACUCAAAUAUUGGCAUGAAUAAAGGACCCUGGACACCGGCUGAAGAUCUUCUUUUGAAAAACCAAAUAAAGCUUCAGGGAGAAAGACACUGGAAUUCUAUUGCUGAUAAAGCAGGUUUGAAACGAACUGGAAAGAGUUGCAGGCUCAGGUGGAUGAACUACCUCCGCCCCACUGUCAAAAGAGGUCAUAUAUCGGCUGAUGAAGAAGAACUCAUUAUCAGACUUCAUAAAUUGUUGGGGAAUAGGUGGUCGUUGAUUGCGGGCAGAAUGCCUGGGCGAACAGAUAAUGAAAUCAAGAACUAUUGGAAUACACAUUUGAGCAGGAAAGUAGGCAGAAAAGAUCCCAAACGCACCAAACAAGGCUAUAAACAUCAUGUUGGUGCAGCUACACAUCUACAGCUCUCGUCCGAUCAGAAUGAACAAGUGUGCAGUGAAGCAGAAAGAGGAAGGACAGAUGUGGAUAAUAUAAUAGCCACAAAUGAACUCAUGGGUUCAGCAGAGUCCGAAGACUAUUCUGUAUGCAUUGUCAAAGAUCACACCAGUUUUUCAUAUGAAGAAAUUGAGAGCUUUCUGGUGGAAACAGAUCGGGACAUACAAUGGAAUAUUUCUUCCAACUGGGGAAGUGCGAAUUACAAACAGUUUAAUGGAUAUGAAGAAUCUCUAGUACAAGAUGCUUCAAUCGGUAUGGAGCAAAUCAAAGAUGUAACCAAUGAUGCUAACAACAUUUAUCAUGUGGAUUCUCUUCCAAAUUCAUCUUCGUUAUUAUCGGGAUUAAUCUACCCACCUAAUAUUUACUGCUUAUCUCCCGACAUAUCAUUUAAUAUGAUUUCAAGUGAACCAUGGUUCCCAUAUACUGCAGAAGAGAUUUCAAACAAUUCCUCCCCUCAAGAAGAAAUACAUGCUCUGUUCUUUUGAACAGUUAAUUUUUAAACCACUGUAGAUAAUGGUUUAGUAGAUAUGGAGCGGGAAUCCAGCGAUCUAUGAGCUGUUGCUGCAAGAGAAAUUUGAAGAUCUUGUAUUGUUUUGAAGGCUAAAUGCUUAUUG